AGUAGAAUUCUGGUGCAUUAAUGUCUUUUUCAUGAUCGAAAGAAGAUCUAGAAUACAUUCCGUGAAAUAUAUGCAUAUAAUUAACAUUUUAAAUCUUAGAAAAGGGUAAAAACGUUGCCAAACAACGUGAAAAGGAAAACAACCUUUGCCCUGGAAAUAGAUUAUUCCAGUGCCUCACUAUUUCAAGCUAUGGUGAAUGGUGUCGUUAGCUAGCAUGCUUGGCUAGCGUAGCCUGCUUAUCUUAGUGACCUAACAAACAUUUCUACCACAGCGGGCUUCAGAAUAUUCCUUCAGAACCUUAGAUGUAAAGGUUCGCUUGCUAGUUGUGCAAUUAUGGGGUGGUCGGUAGAAUUUAUGUGCACUCUGUGUUUGACUGCCUUCGUGAUUGAACUGGGCCAUGCUUCAUCAGCUGAUAAAGAUGAGACAUCGGAAUUAAACUUUAAUGAAGACCCUUUCCUAAUAACCGACAUGGAAAACAGUCCUAAUUUUGUGGGACUGACAGACGACCCAGAGCCACAGCCGAAGCGGCAGUUCAAGACAGCGGAAAUCGCAGACGCGGUCAUGGGAACAAACGUACCUUCAGAUGCCGUCAGCAUGGAGUCCCUUAUUCCGAAAAAUAUCAAAGAUUUCCAGGCAGACUUUUCUACGCCUUGCGAGGAGGGAGGGAAAUGCGAUUCCAUUUUGUCGCCGGUGACCGGCGAAGAGACCGCAAAUGGCGAGCAGACGGAAGAGAUGGAGCCGGUUACUCUGGGGAUGGUACACGUUGACAUGGCCGCGGACGAGCAGAAUUCCACCGAGUCUGCGAAGACGUACAAAGUCAGCUGUGACAAAAGGAACAUCACGGGGAUCGAUAACUUUGCAGUGAUGAUCCUGAACGCGUCACAGGACUUGAUGGAUUUUUUAAACGCCAACAGCACGGAGUGUUCCUUGGUGUUAUUCUAUACCACCUGGUGCCAGUUCUCUGCCAAUCUUGCUCCACACUUCAACGCCUUGCCGAGGGUCUUUCCCAGCAUGCACUUCCUGGCCCUAGAUGCUUCCCAGCACAGCAGCCUCUCCACUCGUUUUGGGACGGUGGCGGUGCCCAACAUCCUCCUGUUUCAGGGGGUGAAGCCCAUGGCCCGGUUCAACCAGACGGACAGAACCAUGGAGACGCUGACGUCGUUCAUCACUAACCAGACCGGCUUUGAAGCCAGCGUGGAUCAGAACGUGACGGAGGAGGACAGCAGGGGCCCUCUCCUCAGCGUGCCCGUGAGAAGCAUCGACUGGCUCCUGGUCUUCUCCGUGUUCUUCAUAUCCAGCUUCACCAUUUACGCCGUGCUGCGCACGGAGAGCAUACGGUGGCUCAUACCGGGCCAGGAGCACGACCACCAGGACUGACGGGCUGCUCCUGCCCCCCUGCUGGGGCUUUUGAAUUGGGGCGUGUGGAGCUGUCCCGGGGUCUCCUGCAGGUGCUUGUUGUGCUGUUUUCAGGGUCAUUUAAUUUAGACCAGGGAUCAUCAACUCUGGCCCUCAAGUCCAAAUCCAGCCCUGGUUUUCUUUUCUCCCGGGUAAUUAGUGGUACUGAUUGGCCAGACUGUCUUCACACCUGACUCCCAGGCAAAGAGAGGGUGGAAAUCCAGCAGUUCUCGGCCCUCGAGGACCGUGAGUUGCUGAUCCCUGAUUUAGACUUUAACAAACUGCAUAGGUUUUCAUCGCAGUUUGCAGCGGUGGCAGUUUCUGUAGGCCUGGGGUCCACAGUGUUUGCCCUUUAAGACACCAAAGGCGAUUGCCUUGGUUAAUCUGCCUCGACUAAAUAACGAUCUUUCGAAGGGAAUUAUUGGAGAAACGGGUUACAUAAGUUACCUUUAAAACUUGACUGAUUUCCGAAGAUGUAUGCAAUAUAAAAUAUCAGUGUGGCCUUGGAGGCCCGCUUAUCGUAGAUGUUGGAGUCUCUCUACAGCUCAGCGAGUAGAUUAGACACAGGAGGGAUUUGCAUCUUCUGCUGUGGUGACAUGCAUGCAGCAAACCCCCAUGACUGCGCUUGACUGGCCCUCUUCCAAACGAUUCAGAUUCUACAACGUACUGUGACUUGGAUGUACAUUAAUCAUUAUUGACUUGAAUUAAUUUAAAUAGAAGUGUAAAAUACAGUUCAGCAUAGAGUAACGAAACCCAUGCCUCUGUUUUUUAAGUUUAUUCUGUUAAUUUUUUUUUUUUAAUCUGAUUUUGUGCUGCACGGACAUUUGUGUGCAGUUUGUUUUGAAAUUGGAUGUUGCUUGGAUGCAGUUUGUGUAGGUUAGGGUAAAAUCAAUAAGUUGUUCAACCUAUUUCUGAAAUGUUUGAGGAAAAAAAAAUUAAAAUUCUGAGCAGCUUUU